AUGGCGGAGGCCAGCGACGACAACGUGGCCAUGGAGUCUCCAACGCCUAGCUCAGCCAAGGAGGGCCUCUCGCUGCGAACCAGUCCCAGUGCCUCCGAGGCCCAGGAUACAGAGCCAAGACUCUCCUUUGGCUUUAGCCACCAGGUGAGUUUCCAGGACGAAGUUCCUGACGAGGUGCAACAGUUGGAUGUGGCCGAGGUUCACCGUGCGGCACGCCGCAGCUUCCUGGGCGAACGUGCAGCGGCGACCUACGAAGCCUUGCACACUGCUGGGCAUGCGCAAGUGGAGGAGCUUUCGCAACGGCGCUGGUGGGCGCUGCGGGGCUUCCUUCCGGCGGCUGAGGUGUCAGGCAUGGAGCAGGACGAUCGAGGCUUUCAGGACUUGAUCCAGCACCACAUCCCCAAUCGAGUGGCUGAGGAGGACCAGCCGGAGCACAUGCGGCCGCCCAAUUUGCGCGCCGUGUGGCAUGCACUGUUGGAGGAAGUGGCGCGAGAGAAGGCGCAGCGCUUGCGGUGGUUGCGACAGAGCUGGAGGCCCAAGCUGCGCUUGUCGCCUGAGAGCGCUGAACUCAUCGCAGCGAAAGCGGCGGAAGUGAACAAGCAGGCUGCUUUGUUCCAAGGGGAUGGUAUGUCCAACGUGGCCGGGUCUUGUGUGUCUCUGGUCCUGACCCCUUUGGGGAAGGAGCUCCGAGUGAAGAACAGCUUCAAAGAUGCGAUUGGCAUCCCCUUCUUCGGUCUUUGGUAUCUCUUGCUGGGUCUUGUGUUCAUCCAUGCCCCGCCGGUGCAUGAGGAGGCUGAUAUGGCGGCAAGAUUCUUCUUGGCAUUUGUGUCGUUGAUCCCACUCUUCAUGCACUCCCAGGGACUGCCUUGUCCCAGAAAGGAUCAGGCGGCGUAUGAGGUGCAGCAGAAAAUGGGUCAGUGGGUCUAUUUGACGCGACACUGCCUCACUCUGCAGUUCUGGCAUCAAGUCUUCUCUUUGCUGUGCGCUUGGGCCCCUUCACUUGCAGCUGUUACGAACGGAUUGUCAGUUUGUAUGGGCGCGCUUGGCGCCUUUGUGACCAUCCAGUACUUUGCUCUCGUUGUCCCAGCUGAAGGCUUCAAAGAAGAGUGCAAACAGUGGGCUGAGAAAGGUGUGAACUUUCGGGAGGUCCAACAUGUCCUCCACGUGCCGGCGCUGUUCAUUGGCUUGGCGGACUUGUGCUUGAGAUCCACCAGCACCUUGCGAGAGACCUUGUCCUUUCCUGGAGAUAUGGCCUUCGGCAUGUUCUACAGCACUUUUUACAUUGUUGUCUUUUUCUUCAACUACAAGCUCACGGGCAGGUGGCCAUAUCUCUUCAUGGAACAUGAAUUCGGCAGCGACGUGAAAAAGUGGUCGGUCUUUAUCCUGAAACAGAUCAUCGUUAUCACUUUGAUCAUCGUGGCCAAUUGGGGCGUCUUCUUUUUGAAGACCCUGAUCGCUUGA